GUCUUAGUUGGCGGUGGUAUUGGUGUCACACCAUUCGCAUCCAUUCUCAAAGACAUCGCCUUUAACUCUGGACUCAAUAAGAAUAUCGUUUGCAAAAAAGUAUACUUUCUUUGGGUGACGAGAACUCAGAAGCAUUUCGAGUGGUUAUCGGACGUGAUUAGAGACACGGAGGAGAAAGAUGUGUCCAAUCUAUUGACAACUCAUAUAUUCAUUACACAGUUUUACGAGAAGUUUGAUUUGAGGACAACUAUGCUGUACAUAUGUGAGCGACACUUCCAGAGGAUAUCUAAUAGAAGUUUAUUCACUGGACUCAAAGCCAAGACACAUUUCGGGAGACCUAAUUUCACUUACAUAUGUGAGCGACACUUCCAGAGGAUAUCUAAUAGAAGUUUAUUCACUGGACUCAAAGCCAAGACACAUUUCGGGAGACCUAAUUUCACUGUAUUUCUCGAUUCAUUGCAACAGGAACACCCAAAUGUAGUGACCCGGGUGGGUGUGUUCAGCUGCGGGCCGGGACCCAUGACUAACAACGUUCAACAGGCGUGUGAGAUGUUGAACAGAAGGGAAGGGGCGAUAUUCUCACACCAUUUCGAGAACUUUUAACUCACUCUCAGUUUAUUACUCGUGAUAUAAUUGUUAGAAAAGUUAUUCUUAAACAUAUCGUACGGUUAUAUAAAAGUACUUCUGGUUACACACAAAUCUCAUGAUUUUUAGCAUUGCCUUUCGAUGACUUAUGCCUUGAAAUUACAAGUAUUUUUCAUUGGAAUCAAAUGUAAUGUUUAUUUAACUCUUAUGUAUGACUUCACAAUAGC